GCGCUCCGCCGGCCACCGCCGGGAACUGGAAGGCGCCCGGCCCUUUCUUUGACUGGAGCGGACCCGCGGACGCAGCUGCCUCGCCCGCUGGGGCCGGUGCGAGCUGCGGCACUGUGGACGCCUUGUCGGAGGCCAGUCAGCUGGCUGCUACCCGAGUCGGCCGAGCAUGGGCAACCACUCGGGACGGCAGGAGGAUCCCGAGCCAGUUCCAACACCCAAACGAACAGGCAUUCCAACUCCCCGGGAGCUCUCAGUAACCAUCUCAAGAGAAAGGUCUGUUCCACGAGGUCCCUCCAACCCAAAGAAAUCGGGGUCCAGUCCAACUUCCUCCUGUACUCACACCCCAACUAAACACCUAAGGACCACUUCUUCAAAACUCAAACAAGAAAAUGAAGGGGGAGAGAAGGCUGUGCUUGAGUCCCAAGUUCGAGAACUUCUAGCAGAAGCCAAAGCCAAAGAUAGUGAAAUCAACAGGCUUCGAAGUGAAUUAAAGAAAUGCAAGGAAAGAAGGGCUCUGAGCAUUGAGGGGGCUGAUGCUUCUGACCCAAAUUCAGAUGGAACAUCAGCUCCACUGGGAGACACAGAACCUUUGAUAAGAACCCUUGAGGAGAAGAAUAAGAGCUUUCAGAAAGAGCUUGCAGACCUAGAAGAGGAAAACCGGGUCUUGAAGGAAAAACUGACUUACCUUGAGCAGUCACCAAAUUCAGAGGGGGCAGCAAGUCACACUGGUGACAGCAGCUGCCCAACAUCUGUAACUCAAGAGUCAAGCUUUGGAAGCCCAACUGGGAAUGAACUAUCAAGUGAAAUUGAUGAGUAUAAGAAAAACACAUAUGGAAAUACAUUACGGACAUCUGGUUCUUCAAGCAGCGAUGUUACCAAAGCUUCUUUGUCACCAGAUGCCUCAGAUUUUGAGCACAUCACCACUGAUACACUAUCUCGGCCCCUGUCCUCUGCUAGCAACCCUUUUAAGAACUCUAAAUGUUCAACCACUGGGAGUUCUCCAAACAAUGCAAGUGAGCUGUCCCUUGCUUCCCUUACAGAAAAGAUACAGAAGAUGGAAGAGAAUCACCACAGCACUGCGGAGGAACUACAGGCCACUCUACAGGAGUUAUCAGAUCAGCAGCAAAUGGUACAGGAACUUACAGCUGAGAAUGAGAAGCUGGUGGAUGAGAAGACUAUUUUAGAGACAUCUUUUCACCAGCAUCGAGAGAGGGCAGAGCAGCUAAGUCAAGAAAAUGAGAAAUUGAUAAACCUUUUACAAGAGCGAGUGAAGAAUGAUGAACCCAGCACCCAAGAGGGGAAAAUCCUCGACUUAGAGCAGAAAUGCACAGAUAUUCUUGAGAAAAGCCGCUUUGAAAGAGAGAAGCUGCUCAACAUUCAGCAGCAGUUGACCUGUAGCUUACGGAAGGUUGAGGAAGAAAACCAAGGAGCUUUGGACAUGAUCAAGCACCUAAAAGAAGAAAAUGAAAAGCUGAAUGGGUUUCUACAAGUGGAACGGUGUAACAAUAAUGUGAUGACCAAAACUUUGGAAGAAUGUAGAGUUACCCUGGAAGGCUUGAAGAUGGAGAAUGGGUCCUUGAAGGCUCAUCUGGAAGGUGAGAAGCAAAAAGCCAUGGAGACCAGUAGUACCUUGGGGCAGACAGCAGAGAACUGUGAACUUCAGGAAAUGUUGAAAGUAGCUCGAGCUGAGAAAGAUCAACUGGAACUGUCCUGCACUGAGCUCAGACAAGAGUUGCAAAAAGCAAAUGGUGAAAUUAAAAACAUUUCAAGCCUGCUAGCUAAGAUGGAAAAAGAUUAUUCUUACCUGAAGGAGAUCUGUGAUCAUCAAGCAGAACAACUGAGCAGAACUAGCCUAAAACUGCAAGAGAAGGCAUCAGAGAGUGAUGCAGAGAUAAAAGACAUGAAAGAAACCAUAUUUGAAUUGGAAGAUCAGGUGGAACAGCACCGCGCUGUCAAGUUACACAACAACCAGCUCAUUAGUGAGCUAGAGAGCAGUGUGAUCAAGCUAGAAGAGCAGAAAUCAGACCUGGAACAGCAACUGAAGACCCUGACAAAGCAGAUAAAGGAGGAGACUGAGGAAUGGAGGCGGUUCCAGGCAGACCUGCAGACUGCAGUGGUGGUGGCCAAUGACAUCAAAUGUGAGGCCCAGCAGGAGCUACGCACUGUGAAGAGGAGGCUGUUGGAGGAAGAGGAGAAGAAUGCCAGGCUACAGAAAGAGCUGGGGGACAUGCAAGGUCAUAACAGACCUGUGAAUGAAGAACCUGAGCCCUUGGAUGUCAACACUGCUAGCCGGUGGCAUGGUGUGUAUGUCAACAGAACAUCUCCAGCACCUUCAGAAUCUGCAACCACUGUUAAGUCACUGAUCAAGUCAUUUGACUUGGGACGCCCAGGUGGAACUGGGCAGAAUAUUUCCAUCCAUAAGGCCCCCAGAAGUCCUCUAAGUGGAAUACCAGUGAGGACCACUCCAGCAGCUGCUGUCUCUCCCAUGCAGAGGCAUUCAACUUACAGCAGCCUACGGCCAGCCAACAAAGGAAUGACUCAGCGCUUGGAUAUCCCAGAACUUCCCCUCUCAGAUCUUCUGAAGGGGAGGACUGAGGACCUGAAGCCGGACCCUUACCUCCGAAAGAGUCCUUCACUGGAGUCACUGAGCAGACCUCCUUCCCUGGGCUUUGGGAGCACCAGACUAUUGAGUGCCUCCACUGGGGGGUUGAAACCACCAAGCAAACUCAGUGUGGAAAGAAGAGACCCUCUGGCAGCCUUAGCCCGGGAAUAUGGUGGCUCCAAACGCAAUGCACUAUUGAAAUGGUGUCAGAAGAAGACAGAAGGUUACGCGAACAUUGACAUCACCAAUUUUAGCAGUAGCUGGAGUGAUGGCCUGGCCUUCUGCGCUCUGCUUCACACCUACCUGCCUGCCCAUAUCCCGUACCAGGAGUUGAACAGUCAAGAGAAAAAGAGGAAUCUUUUGUUGGCGUUUGAAGCAGCGGAAAGUGUAGGCAUCAAACCCAGCCUGGAGCUCAGUGAGAUGCUAUACACAGACCGACCUGACUGGCAGAGCGUGAUGCAGUAUGUGGCCCAGAUCUACAAGUAUUUUGAGACGUAAACCCAAGCGCCUGAGAUCAGCCACUGCCACCUGCAGUGUGACCUGGAAGUACCUGGUCCCUGUCCAGUGACCCAGCUCUGCCCACUGCCCAGCCAUGUGGAUUUCCAAGGAAGGCCCAAGCCAAGUGGAUCAACACUCAGAUAAGAAGCAGAGCCGGGUUCCAUCAUGUCUCUGUCUCAAAUGCAAUUGCAGUUGGAACAUAAGUUUUGGGGACUUUUUGCUCUUCUGGAAGGUUCUGAAGAAGUUGCCUCUCUCCUUGUUGAGCAACAUGCCCUGCCCAAGCUCAUUUCUGUGAGAACCCAGGACAAUAUCACCAAUCCCAUUUGGUGACUUGAUACAUAAUCUGCACUGAGAUUCAUGACAAACAGCACCUACAAGCUAGUCUUCUUUUGCUUUUUCAAAAAAAAAAAUAUGUAGCUUUUCCUUCAUAAAACUUGUUCUUGCUUCCCCUUCUCCCCAAAAAAAUCUAAAACACAAAAAAUCUUUCACUCAAAGCAGUCUGGAAACACGUUAGCCUUGCCAUUUGGGGGAAAUAUAAUCAGGUUUUAGGUAAUAAUUUUAACAUCUAGAACUUGAUUACAUUUUUGGAGCCCCAACUUUGUUGCCGAAGGGUCCCCAUGAGGUGCCAGUAGCAGGAAGAACGUGCACUGUGCAGUUCGUGAGCCAGAAGGGAAAGCAUAGGAACUGUCUGCAGUGACUUUUCUCCUGCUUAUUCAGACCCCCAUUCAUGCCCAUAUACAUUUGUUCCACAUGCAGAACUUGACCAAAGGCCACUUGUGUGUGUGAAGUGGCCUAUGUCUGUGGUGAUCCACACUGAUUUGCACAGUUGAAGCCUGGCAAAGGUGAAGGAUGUGUAUCUCUUGGGAUUCUGGGCAGAAAGCAAAUCUAAAUAUUUCAGCUAUGGACAAAUUUAGUUUUGGGUACUUCAUUUGGCCUUUCACAUUUGCAGUUGGAUUAUAAGCUGGGGAAUCUUUGCUUUUCUGGAAGGUUCUGCAGAAAAUGCCUCCCUCCUGCUAGACUUAACAUCUUCUGUCCAGACUCAUUUGUGUGAGAACCUUGGACUGUAUCACCCUUGCCCCUCCCCAAAAGAAGCCCCAGUGGAUGGGCAAGGAUGGCUUCAUUUAUAACUGAACACAGUUUUCCCUAACAGCAGUGGUUAUUACUGAACCAGUUUCUCUUAGUAACAGCAGGAUCCUCCCCAAAGUGCUUGGCCCUGGUGUCUAUCUCCUUGCUCCCUGGUAUUCUUCUUGAACAAAGAAAUAUGUAUUUAUACCAGAUGAGGAUGCCAGUUAUAGAGGCAGUGGAGGUAAAUGCCCACCACUUGCUGUUUAAAUACCAAGUAGCAGUGUGUUUGUGCCCGUCUGACAAAGGGUCAUGUGUACAAGUCCUAUAGAUCUUACAGUUACUACCAAAAUUUAUUUAAAGUGAAUCUCUGAUUGCUGAUCUGAGCCACAUGUUCAGAGCCUGGUUCAGUCCUUGUUCUGAGAGCUACAUGAGCUCUGUCCUUUCCAGAUUAGCUCUUUGAGAGAUAGCAGCUGGACCCUGCUGGGCAGGCCAGCCCUGAUUCUCAAGCUGCCUCAACUAGUACAAGGCUAGAACCUCAGUCUCCCAGCUAUUUCUGUAGUUUUCAGCUAUGGCUCAAUGUCUAAAUCCCCUGGGGAGCUUCCAAACACACCCCCACACCCCCACGAGACCUGCCCAAUCAGGUGAGUCCUAGUAUCUGGACCAGGAGCCAGAUGUACUCUACUGUUCAUACAUGUUCAGAGUUCUCUGGGACGCAUACACAUAGCCACACAGGAGGCCGCCCCUCUCCUGGGCAGUCUUGUGGUACUAGAGGAGCAGCAGGAGCUCCUGAGCAGCUCUUUUGGGACCAGUAUUACGUAACUGGCUCCCUAAUUUUCAAAUAGAAACCAACGCUCAGUUGGAACAAGUGUAGCUUGUUCCUUCCUGAUGAAUGUAUCCAAAAGAGUGUUACCUGUGUCGCUUCCUGUGCCUGUCUUUUGUUGACAUAACUGAUGCUGUAUCUUCACUGUCUCUAAGCUUCAGCUUUGCCCAGGAGUACUGUCCCAAGCUGCUGGGUUAAUCAACCAAUGCUUGUGUUUAAACUGGAAUUACUCUAGGCAGCAAUGGCAAACCUUUUAGACACUAAGUGUCCAAACCACAACCCCAAGCCCACUUAUUACAAAGUGCCAACUGCAAUUAAACCAGAAUACUGGGGUUUUAGUUUAGAAAAGAAAAAGCAAAAACAUACAUUAACAUCUUUUGUCUUAAAAACAGUAAUGUAUGUGCCAUAGGACAGAGGUUCAUCACCAUUGCCCUAGGGCUUUGUGUGAGUGAGGCAGCAAAAUCUUGGGAUUUCCUGAGGGGUUUUUAGCUUGGUUGAUGCUUGAUUUCAGUGGUGACAUACAAAGGAUCUAGAUGGAGCUGUGGGAAUAGUGCUCUCUGUGCUGGACAGAUGGUUUCCCUCAUGUUCCCACUCCUUUCCAGUACAAACCCACAUUGCCAGUGACUGGCCAAACCCAGCCCUCCUUAUCUGUACCCUACUCACUUCAGGUUGAAAAGGAAGGAAGGAAAUGUCAUAUCAACAAAAAGCCAUGCACAGUUUUGUUCUUGUGACUCAAGGAGGCUGCUUGGCUGCCAUUCUCCUUGCCAGGAGACGUUGAAGGGGAAUGUUGUGCCCCAUUCACAGAAACAGGCGUUGUGAGAGGAUCUGGUGUGGGGCUGACAGGAGCAGGUAGAGAGCCAGGCUCCCAGUACCACCAGAUCCCUGAGGAGAGGUGCCAGCCAGCUGACCUUGGAGGUGUGGGAUCUGGGGAGUGCUCAGAGCACAAAAAUGAAUGUGAAAAAUUGGUAACUAAAAAAACAAAGUACUGUACUACUUGUUUCCUUUACUUCUACUGAAUUAAUUGUACUGUUCCCAGGUGUCUGUCCUGAGGUUUUCAAAGGCCAUAAAGCUGUGUCUUCCCUUUUCUGUUCUGCUGGUACUUAGUAAAAUUAUUUGGUGGUUGUGUAGAUACAUUUUUAAUAUAUAAUAUUUAUAUAAAAACAGCUGUGAGAUGGAAGAUCCAGAGGAGUUAGGAUUUGAGGAGAGAUGAGUUGCAGUGAGUUGUUUCAUGGAUCACAUCUUGCUGACUGAUGAGUAGGGCAUUCUGAGCAGCAGUUCUCUGAGGAGCUUCUCUCUCCCUUGUCCUUUUUCUCACAUCAAAAACAAUGUUGGACUUCUGUUCUGUGUUCAGUUGUUGUUUGUGGGUUUUGUAGGGAUCUUCCAAAUUAAAUGCUGUGAGUGAACAACAUGUCCUGUGGAACCUGGUAUCACACAUCUGUAGGUGUAGCUACUCAGGAGGCUGAGGCAGGAGAAUCACUUGAGCCCAGGAAUUUGGGACAGCCUGGGCAACAUAGUAAGAUCUCAUCUCAAAAAAAAAAAAAAAAGUUCCAAACGAUUAGCCAUCUAACACUUAACAGCUAUCUGCCAUGAGCUCUUUCCUGCCACCCACUAAUGUCAGCUGAGCCUCAUUCUCUGCCCUCCCCAUUCCCUAUGAAGGGGCAGCUGUGUCAAAUCAUCCUGUGGCCACAUCCGCAGUUAGUUCUCACCAUGCCACAGUUCCAGUGCCAUUUUGAGAUGCCUACCAGUGACAUGCAGUAAACUAUACAGUCUCACAGCCUUUUAAGAAAGUGCUUUCAGCAGGUGUGAUGGCGCAUGCCUCUAAUCCCAGCACUCAGGAGGCUGAGGUAGGAGGAUCCCUGUGAG